UGGGGCCCCCUACUGACCCCGGGCCCUCAGGCAGUGCCCGAGUUUCCAAAUGGUCAGUCCGCCCCUGACCGUGCCAGCUCUCAGUGCUCAUCCAUGCCACCUGCCAGUGCCCAUCAGUGCCACAUUUCAGUGCCCAUCGGUGCCACAUCAAUGCCACAUAUCAGUGCCCAUCUGAGCUGCCUUUCAGUGUCACCAAUCAGUGCCAGUAAGUGCCACCUAUCAAUGCCAGUCAGUGCCAUCUAUCAGUGCUGCCAAUCAGUGCCACCUAUCAGUGCCAGUCAGUGCCGCCUAUCGGUGCCAGUCAGUGCCACCUAUCAGUGUGCAUCAUUGCUGCCUAUCAGUGCCCGUCAGUGCUGCCUAUCAGUGUCGCCUAACAGUGCCAGUCAGUGUCGCCUAUCAGUGCCAGUCAAUGCCGCCUAUCAGUGCCAUAUAUGAGUGCUGCCUGUCAAUGCCCAUCAGUGCCACCUACCAGUGCCUCCUCAUCAGUGCCCAUCAGUGUCACCUAUCAGUGUCCAUCAGUGCAGCCUAUCAGUGUCCAUCACUGCAGCUUCAUUAGCGCACAUAAGUGAAGGAGAAAAAUACCUUAUUUACAAAAUUUUAUAACAAAAACUAAGAAAAAACAUUUUUUUUCAAAAUUU